CCCGGGCAUGGCGGGGCCGGCGGGCAGGGCGCACACCUCCCGGAGGAUGAAGAGCCCGCCAAGGAGGGCCAAGACGCCGGCCGGACACAAGCCCCCUUUUCGGCCCGAUUUUACAACAGCCCCAGAUGGGGAAAGUGAGACUGAAUUAAUACCUGAUGACACCGCAGAAAAGCAAGAAACAGAGAAGAAACCAACCAACUUUACUUUGUGCAGUGUGUGUAACAUUCAGCUGAAUUCUGCAGCACAAGCUCAAAUCCACUACAAUGGCAAAUCACAUCAGAAGAGAUUAAAACAGCUCAGCGAUGGAAAUUUUAAGAAUGAUAACGAUGAUGCUGUUGAUGGUGAGAGCCUAUCCAUGCCUGCAGCUGUGGCUGAAAAGACCAAUGCAAGGCCAGCCAUUCAUUCUGCAUUGUGUACAGGUGGCACAUGCCAGAGUCCUGCUCUCCCAGCCCUGGUGCGUCCACCAGCCCCACCCUUGCAACCAUCGCUGGAUAUUAAACCAUUUCUUCCUUUUCCUCUGGAUACUGCUGCAGCAGUCAACCUCUUCCCUAACUUCAAUGCGAUGGACCCGAUUCAGAAAGCUGUAAUAAAUCAUACAUUUGGGGUUCCUCUUCCUCAUCGAAGAAAGCAAAUCAUAUCAUGCAACAUUUGCCAGUUGAGAUUUAAUUCUGAUAGCCAGGCUGCGGCCCACUACAAAGGCACUAAACAUGCCAAGAAGCUCAAAGCACUGGAAGCCAUGAAAAAUAAGCAGAAAUCUGUUACUGCCAAGGACAGCGCAAAGACUACCUUCACUUCCAUCACUACCAAUACCAUCAAUACCAGCUCUGACAAAACAGACGGUACUCCAGGGACACCAGCAAUAUCGACAACGACAACCGUGGAAAUUCGGAAAAGCAGUGUUAUGACAACUGAGAUCACCUCCAAAGUGGAAAAAAAGCCCACAACAGCCACUGGCAACAGCACAUGUCCUUCCGUGGAGACUGAAGAAGAAAAGGCAAAAAGGCUCCUUUACUGUUCGCUAUGCAAGGUUGCUGUCAACUCCGCCUCACAGCUGGAGGCGCACAACAGUGGGACUAAGCACAAAACUAUGCUCGAAGCACGAAAUGGAAGCGGAACUAUUAAAGCGUUUCCUCGGGCAGGAGUUAAAGGGAAAGGACCCGUUAAUAAGGGAAAUACGGGCUUACAAAACAAAACGUUUCACUGUGAAAUCUGCGAUGUGCAUGUGAACUCUGAGACACAACUUAAACAGCACAUUAGCAGUAGAAGGCACAAAGACAGAGCUGCUGGGAAGCCCCCCAAACCUAAGUACAGCCCCUACAACAAACUGCAAAAGACAGCACAUCCUCUCGGGGUGAAAUUAGUAUUUUCAAAGGAACCGUCCAAGCCAUUGGCUCCACGAAUUCUCCCAAAUCCCCUGGCGGCGGCAGCCGCCGCCGCCGCCGUGGCCGUGAAUUCCCCCUUCAGUCUCCGAACGGCCCCUGCAGCCACCCUCUUCCAGACGUCAGCGCUUCCUCCGGCGCUCCUCCGACCAGCUCCUGGGCCCAUUCGGACCACGCAUACUCCUGUGCUGUUCGCUCCUUAUUGAACUCCAGACCAGAGUCCUUGUACUGCAAUAAUUUUUCCAAAAAAAAGAAACAAAACAAAAAAAAACAAACUAUGCAGUGUUUAUUUAUAGUUUAAAGUAUAUAUAGAUAUAUGAAGAGCCAGGACUUUUGAUAGUGAAUUGAAAAGAUUCUAAAAGGGGGGAGGGGCAGUAUUUUCUCCAAAUAAGACCAUUCCUCUUGAAUAUUGACUGUUUUAGAAGUGACUCCAGCAUUGAUUCGUAGUGACCCAUAGAACUUAUGAAGCCUUUGUGACCGUGCUUUUUGGCACAUGUUUCCCCUGCAGUGUCUUUCCUGCUUCACGAAACAACUCUACAUUUCUCUAAGGGCAUUAACUGGUUCCAAUGUAUGUAUAUACACAAUACUUUAUUCUGUAGAUUAAAUGAUGGAGAAGAAAAAGAAGAAAAGAAAAAGAAACACUGUGAAUAGUAGUACCCUUACUGAUCCUUUUGCCACGUCAGCCGUUACUGGGUAUUUAUCUGAACAAAAGUAGAUGCAGUAGAUGUCUUGUAAAACAAUAGUGCUGUAUCUCUAUCUAUGCCACUAGGUUCUUAAGUGAAAUGCAAAGAGUAGAAUGAACAACUCUGUCACUUUGGUAAGUAGCCAAAAGAAUAAAUGCAAACGAUAAUAUUGUGAAGGUCUUCCUAGACGAUAAUCAAUUUCUCCUCCCCCUUCCCUCCCGCCCUUUGUAGGACCACUGAAAUUCUCACAUGUACUGAAGAGUUUUGAUUAAGAAAAAUUCAGCAAAAAAAAGACCAUUUAUUGUCAUUUCUGUAGUUCCACCGCAGGCCACGCAUCAAUGAAAUUUUAAAUUUGUGUGUACUAUGUAAAUCUUGUAUCUAACACAGGUCUGUGUCCUGUGUCCACAUAGAAAAAGUUGGGAUGGUGGGCAGUGUAGCUAUUCAGUUUUCAUGAGCUAGGGAUGACCAUAAAAUAACUCAUAAACGUGUGUAUGACAUGCAUGGCCAUACCUAACAAUUGAAAACAGAAUGCAUAUUUACAUCUCUGCAAUAUAUUCUCUUUAUAUCAUACCAGUGGGUUGCCUCAAUGGGCAAAUGCUUUUGUUUUGUGCCUAAAGGUGAAAUCAGCAUUACCUAUUUUUUAAAAAUAUCCUACUGGAAUGAUAUAAAUGUUUAACUAUAUAUAGGUAAAUGUGAGUACAGCCCAAAAGUAUGAGUUAACUGCACAUCACAGGGAUGGAGAAAAAAUUACCUAAAAGUUCCCAUCGGACCCUAAAUUCUCUCCUAUCAGCAUAUUGACAGUUACAAGCCUUAUAUAUUCACCAUAAGGCUAACACGGGUGAACAGUGUCUUUUGAAAACAAGAUUUAUCAGGGGUAUAUAUAAGAAUAGAUAUAUAUUGUAUAUAUGUUAGAAAGACAAAAAAAUUAUAAACAGAAAAUCUAUUAUAUAAAAUAAUUAUCUAACCUUCCAACUUCACACUGGACCAUUAAGUGGCAUGGAACAGACAGUGGAAAAAUAGAUUUGCCUUCAUUUUAUGAGAACGGCUGUCUGCUUCUUGCAGUCAAAAAUUAAAAAGUAACUAUGAAGAUGGUGGAGAUGCAAAACGAGUUGGGAAACAAAAAUCAGUCUUAGGGGUGGGCAACGGUGAGAUCUGUUCUCCCUUUCACGCUGGGAAGGCAGUUGCUGUGCAUUUGCUCGUAUGCAAGGGGUUAGCCCUUCCCCACCCUAUCUGCCCCCCAAUUCUGCACCAGUGUCCAGCUGCUCCAGAAUUGUUGACCAUCUUGCAGCUGGCACAACCCCCUCCUAGUGAGGCCCAGGUUCUCUGGCCCUCGCAUAGGAGUGGCAGAGCCAGGAUGCCCCUCAGCAGGUAUGCAUCCAUGGUACGGGGCGGGGGCCUGGCCACUGCGUAAGCACAGAGGGGUCCCAAACCCUUGAAAUGAGCGGGGGGGAGGCAGGGGAACCUUCUUCCUCCACCUCCCUGGAUCCUCCCAUCUUCCACUCUGUAAAACAAAACCCAGAGCGGUGGAUGGGUACCUUCAGUUUUCCUUUAUAGCUUUACACUGCACCCUUUAUCCCUUUUCAAGUGGAUCAUAGGACUAUUUUAAAUAGGCUUUGUUUAGACUCUUGAAGAUGUAAAAGGAGGAAGGCUCAAUAUUUGCUCCCAGAAACUACUAUUUAUUAGUAGUUCAAGUGAUAGGAGGGGGAAAAUGCAACAGACUUUGGACUUACCAGUGACAAAAGACUCUUGUUUCAUAUAUGUGCAUCCCAACAAUGUCCUGGGUGGACAGAAUUAAACAACAGACCUACAGGCCAACUACACUCCGGUGCUCGCAUUCUUUAAAAACCAUUCUGCUCACAUUGUUUUUCAUACAAAAAGAGAAGAAAACAUGUUCCAUGGAUCUCUUUGUCCAAAGAAUUCCAAAUUAGUGCUGAUGCCAGCAUUAUUGUGUUCCUUUUUACCUUUUUAUAAUUAUUCUCUAUCCAGCAACCUCAGAAAGACGUUCUAUCGUCAUAUACCGGCACCAUCGUAUCCCUUUCUUUAUAGUCUUCUAAGAGAUUUUUGAGAUUUUUUUUUUUUUUUAGGAAGUCAGCUGGCAAUCUUCUGGAAAGAGAUGAGGAUCUGCUAACUACCUAAAUGGCAGGAUGCAGAAUAGGAAUUUGGAGUCUUAAAGUCAUUUUCUUCCUAUUAGCUAAGACAUUUUGUUCUAUGCCUAUGUCCUAGUUUUCUACCACCAAGCCUAUAAUUCCUUUUUGCUUUAGGGAUUGUGCCUAAGCCAUGGCCGCUGUGCUGAGCAUUCUGCCACUCUCCCACAAUCCCUCAAGUUGGCAAUCAUGUCCUUUAGAAAGUGAACCUGGGGCCUGCAUGGAGCCAUAGCACACAGGGGAGGUCUAUUAACUAACGACUUGUGGCAAGCACCUAGUGUCAUCCCUACACUCUCCAUCAGCCUCGCCGAGAAACUACCGGCAGUUUCGGGAUCUCUUUGCCUCAGUGCUCUAUGGAACAAUUUUCAUGGAAAUGGUCUCACUUAAAUUUGCGCUGUAAACAUCAGUUGUCUCUUACUCACUACCUAAUAAAGGAUGAAGCCUAAUCAUUAGAA